AUGAGCGCAGCGUUCAAGGCCGAGAAGGAGAAGCUCGAAGACGCAAUCCUCGAGCAGCAGAUGCGUGACGUACUUACGGGCCUCCAAACACUCAACCAAAACCUCGACCGCCUCAACGAUGUUGGCGAAGAGCUUCAGGCCAUCGCCGUGAGCUGGACAAACUAUUGCGAUGCAAUGCACCGCGCGCAGACAGAUGUGAAGGUUCCGCUUCUCGAGGAUUGA